AUGGACUCAACGACGACCGGGAGUCCCGUCCCUCUCGACCAGGACAAAUAUCGAGAAGAGGUCCUCGGCCUCUCUAUAGACGCAGAAAAAGCGCGGGCGCAACAACUUUUGGAUGAUGCGCGGGCGUUGGGUCUGAAGGUUCCGGAGAUCGAAGCCUCGGCACCACUGGCCGCCUCGAUCGCCUCUGGAAUGUUGGAUCUGUCUUCGCCCGUGCUUUCGUCUGGAUCUUCAACUGAUCGGAAUUCGAUCUGCGAGGGGUCAAUCACCCCUUCCCACGAGCCGCUGUCUCCAUCUCGGCUCGACGACGUCGUUUCCUCCCUAUCGGAAAUCACAAUUGCAUCGGAGCGUAUCAAGCCUGGAAGUACGAGAUCGCUGGCGUCUCUGUCUACAAGGCCGACGUCAUACUGCUCGAGCGAAAGUCGAGCUGUGCUGGGCAAUUACGGGAAUAGUUAUGGAACGCUGUCACCUACGCACCGAAACUCCGUGUUGAGUGUUGCGUCGGCAGAUAAAAAAGAGAAACGCAGGUCCAGCUUGAAGAAUGCCAUCGGACGGAUAUACUUUCGCAAGAAGCGCACACCGUCGAGUGUACUAUUGCCGCCCAAUGCACAAAUAACGAUCACGAAGGACGAUGGAGGAACCGUUGAUCAUGUUUAUCUAGAAACACGGCCGCCUACCAGUCUCGAUGGCGAUGCAGUUUCAAAUAGUACGGCAGAGUCUCUCCCAAAGCUGGAAAUUCCCAUCUUUGAUAAAGAGGCAGUCCAGCGAAGCUUGGAUGAUCAGGAAUUGACCGAACUGCUGGAGCGGCAUCGAUUGGAAAGAAACAAGCACGUUGCUUUCCAAGAGGCGGCACUGAGCAUCCUCCGGCAGCGACACCAGACGGCCAUCUCCGAACGCCAGUCUGAUAAUGAGCGCCUGGAGGAUGAGAAGCGCGAAAAGAACCUCGACGACGCCAUUCGCAUGGAAGAGCGCCAACUCGCCGUAGAAAUGGAACAGCAACGUGAAUUCGACCGCGCAAAGCAAAACUCGCGCACUCGCAUCAAGCAUAUGGAGGGAUACUUCAGAAACGCCAGUCCUCCGCCUUCGCCGGCGCCAGCAGCCCAGCGUUCCUCUGAUUCCUUCUCCGGGUCCGAGUCAACCACGCCACCUGCGCGCCGCUUUACGCGGCAGCAAAAGGAACAGCUCGAACAACAGUACCACGACCAUGAGACCAUGGAUGCACUCCACGAGUCCCGGAUCAAGGUCUUGCGCGAUCGUCAAGAGCUCCGGCUACAGGAAGCUAUUGCGCGCAUGGAGCGCGAGCUCAAUGUUAUGUGCAUUCAGCAUAGCAAGAACGUCACUGCCUUGCAGGCUGAACACCGCAUCGAGGAGACAUCUAUGAUUCAAGCUUUGGAUAACAAGAAACUCGAACUGCGUCAUCGCUGGGACCUGGAAGAAGCUAUCCUGCGCAAGCAGCUCGAGGUCCGAACCGGUCAUCCAUACGGUCCAUUGCCGCCUAUUUCUUUCAGCGGCGUUAAUAACGAAACCCUCGACUCGACUACCAGUCUCCCCGAUCCUGCAUCACCUUCUCCACUUGAACCCCAGACCCCGCAGUGA